AUUGCAUCUCACUUAUCGUUAGGAGGUAUUAUACUUUAAAAAAUGAGCAGAAUGUUGUUUUUAUUAUUGUGUGUGCUGUUUGCAUUACAGUUCACAGCAUUUGCACACCCAUUGGAAGAUGGCAAGGAUACGCAAGAAGUAGCCGACAAUAAGCCGCCAAAUGCAAAAAACCUAAUACCGGAUACACCAGGUGUGCAGGAGUUCAAAAAAGACAUAGUGAGUCACUUAGUAGCAAGUCUUGGGAAUGAAGAAGGAGACGACUCUGGUGUCUACAGCGCUCAACUCUCUUCAGCGGAAGUAGAUUUGCCCUGCACAAAUGAUACUGUUAGAAUAGCAGUCAUUAGCAGCAGUUUUUCAUUGCCAGAGCGCUUUUUUCAUACACCCAAGAGAUGCUCGGACGAAGUGCAGUGAAUAAAAUAAUAAACUAAAUAAAUAAAUAAAUAAAUAAAUAAAUAAUGUUA